UGGUUUACUACAAAGUCACCGGGCGAGUUAGAUGGGAAGUUAUGGGGAGAGAGAGAAAGAGAGAGAGGAGAGAGCGUGGGGGGUGAGAGAGAGAGAGAGAGAGAGAGAGGGAGAAGAGCAGCGCAGGACGAGAUCCGCCUGAAGUUACCUUUUCCUAAUGUGUAGCCCAAUUAAUGGCAGUGCGAGAGAAGCAUUGUGUGUGUCAUGCAUACAUUAGAGUCUGUGAUGAGCUCUUGGUCUUAAGGGAGGCUGAGGAGGCUCUACACAGAGUGUCAUCACAGAUUACCAGGAGAAAUCUCUCUCCGCUCACUGUCUCUUCUGCUUUUGCCAAGAGCGACUGCAGCGUGCCGCCACCUCCUCCUCUUCGAGCCUGUCUCUCUCCGCGCGGCUUCUCUCCAGAGCUUCGCUCCGCAGCUGUACUCACUGCUGUUGUGCUUUUUUUUUUCUUUUAAAAAAAAAAGUGGAUUUAUGUUCUCUGAGGUGCGCAGAAGUGUUGAUUUCUGAUCCACCACCUUUGCUACAUAUAUUUUUUUUUAUUUUGUGUGCUCUUCAAUUUUUUCUUCUCCUCUCUAAUGGCAAGAACUCCUCUUUGUGGUCUAAGUCAGACGUGAUGCUUCAGGAUUUAAGUGCGAGUGUCUUUUUUCCAUCCUGUUUGCAGCACCGAAGUUUAGCUCAAGUCCCUGACAAUGACGAGCAAUUUGUUCCAGACUUUCAGACCGAGAACUUAGUGGCUUUCCACGGACUGCAGCUGAAGAUUAAACGGGAGUCGCACAGUCCCUGUCUGGAGCUGAGCCACGCCUGCAGCCAGGACCGGCCCUUUAAGCUGAGCUAUGGGGAGAAGUGCCUGUACAACAUCAGUGCCUAUGAGCCGAAGCCUAGUGCAGGAAUGAAGCCCUCCAGCCCAGCGACCCCCUGCAGCACCCCCGUGUCCCCUCUCCAGCAUGCCUCCCCAAACUCCGCACCCACCCCCAAACCUGAUCGGACGUACCCCCACCUGCCUCCCUCACAGCCCCUCCCAGAUACAACCUUCACCAUGGACCACAGGUUUCGACGGCAGCUGUCCGAGCCGUGCCACUCGUUCCCCACGCCGCCCUCCGCGUCCCAGGACGGACGCCCGCUGUACCACAGGCAGAUGUCGGAACCGAACAUCCCAUUCCCCCCGCAGGGGUUCAAACAAGAAUAUCCAGACCCCCUGUUUGAGCAUCCUGCCAUGAUGGGGGCACCUGUGGGUCAGAGUUACCCCCACUCCAUGAUGAUCAAACAGGAGCCACGGGAUUUUACCUACGACACAGAAGUGCCUAGCUGUCAUUCUGUAUACAUGAGACAAGAAGGUUACCUGGCUCACGCCAACAGAACCGAUGGUUGCAUGUUCGACAAAGUUGCCAGGCAUUUCUACGAUGACACCUGCGUCGUUCCGGAAAAGCACGAAGGUGACAUUAAACAGGAGUCUGGCCUGUACCGCGAAGGCCCCACGUACCAGCGCAGAGGGUCACUCCAGCUCUGGCAGUUCCUCGUCGCCCUCCUGGACGACCCGUCCAACUCGCACUUCAUCGCCUGGACCGGGCGAGGCAUGGAGUUCAAGCUCAUCGAGCCAGAAGAGGUCGCUCGCCGAUGGGGAAUUCAGAAGAAUCGACCAGCUAUGAACUACGAUAAACUGAGCCGGUCGUUGCGUUAUUAUUAUGAGAAGGGGAUCAUGCAAAAGGUGGCGGGAGAGAGAUAUGUCUACAAGUUCGUCUGUGACCCAGAGGCUCUGUUCUCCAUGGCAUUCCCCGACAAUCAACGUCCUGUGCUGAAGACUGACAUUGAGCGGCAAAUCAACGAGGAGGACACGGUCCCACUGUCACACUUUGACGAGAGCAUGGCUUACGUGCAAGAAGGGGGCUAUUGCAACCCCCACCCAUACAGUGAAGGCUACGUCUAUUAACGUCUGACAAGUUGGACCGUUCCGGUACUGUGUUUGUGGGGGACGUAGAAUUUUUCCUUUGUUCCUUCUGACCCCAUUUCUUCUCACAUCGCCACUGUUAUCCCAGGAUGGAGAGUGCACUUUAACAACAAGGACUGACAGUGUAAGCUACCAGGCCAAGUUCAUAUCAUUGCUCGUGUUUAUAAAAGGGUAUUUGUAUAGGUCUGCCAUAUUCCUUAAAAAACAAAAAAACUAAACAAAAAAGAAUGUUCAGAGAAAGUGUGAAAAAAAAACUUUGAUUGUUAGGGACAUUUUUUCCAUUUGUAUCUGUUCAACGUCUAACACAGAAGUCAACCUCUAUAUAUGUGUUUUUUUUUUUCUUUCACUAAUUCAGAUCAAUAAAUGUGAAAUGCUUCUUUUAAAAUGCUUCUAUGGUGAAUUGACAUACUUAUAGACCUGGAGGUAACUCUGUAUAAGAGCCUGGAGUUAGUUGGCAUUUUAAGCAAAUACUACGGCUGCAUUUUUUUUUGUUUUCUUAUAUAUAAAGAUUAGAACUUAAUGAGCAAAUGGAUUUUUUUUUCUGUCAUAUUUUGUGUUAUAGCAUUUGUGGCUUAUUUCAUGAAGUGUGUGAUAGUUUGGAAUUGGGACUUGAAUGAUCAAAUGUCAGCAUGUAAACACAAAUAUGGUACAUUCAUCAACAAUGUAAAAUGAGUUAAAUAGCAGAGAACCGUGGUCGGUACAGCAUUGACCGUAUUAUCUUUAUUAUUACUUUUAUCGACUUGCCCCCAUUGUUCAGACGGGCCCAUUGAGGCACCUGCUUCUGCGACGCUUUGGUUCCCUUGACAUUUCCCUCAGAUAUAAUCUUAAGCCGGUACGUCCGAUGGUCUGAGCGCAGUAUGUCCGACAGGAAGUCACAUUUCAGCCAUGGAUGUGAUUUGAAAACGUGGCAAAUGAGUAUCGUAAGAAUGGUAUAGCUAAAUAUAUACACGUAUAUGUACACAAGACCACCGAGUGCUGGCACUGUCGUGUAAAGUUACAGAGACCCUCGAAUAUAAAUGUAAAAGUUAUUUUUGUUGUUUUGUUUGUUCCUCCGACAAAAGCCGCCAGGCGUCUGACAGACUCAGUAAUACUGCAUGAAGCUUGGAAAUAAUCACCCUAUAUACGGUAAUAACUCCAGCAUUGUGUGGUCCCUUUUCUAUUCACUACUUUCAUUUUCACUUCUCAACUCAAGACGUUUGUAAAGGGUUUGAUAUAUAUACACAUAUGUACACUAUAUUCAGGAUUUCCGUACAAUUCACCUAUAAUAAGUUCAUCAAGGAGUUGGAAGCCAGAACUGAAGAAAUAAAAAGAAAAAUGAAACUCUU